CGAGUCAGAAUAUGCACUUCAAGCACCGAAUGCAAGUGAUACUCCCACGACAUUCAAUAACAUCAAAGCCAGGCCUUUUAAGCGAUAUAUGAAGUAGUGGGAUAGGGGAUUCGAGCGCCGCGACAGGCGCACGACAACAAGAUGCCGACGAUCGGCGUGAACAAGGCCGACUUCUACAAGGCGUUGGGGAGGGAAUACACGAAAGAGGAGUUUGAGGAGCUAUGUUUCGACUUUGGUAUAGAACUCGACGAGGACACAUCGGAAAGCCCACGCCCCAUCGUCAACGGCGAACAAGAAGCACCGCAACUCAAGAUCGAAAUCCCGGCGAAUCGAUAUGACAUGCUCUGCUUCGAAGGCAUCGCCAUGAACCUGAACAUCUUCCUCGGCCGGGAAACGAUGCCCACAUACACGCUCAAACCCCCCAGUGACGGUCAGUUACAAACAGUCACCGUCCACCCCGAAACAGCGAGCAUACGCCCCUACUUCUCCUGCGCCAUCCUCCGAAACAUCACCUUCACCCAAGCCCGCUACGACUCCUUCAUCGCCCUGCAAGACAAGCUCCACCAGAACCUCGCGCGCCAGCGCACCCUCGUCGCCAUCGGCACCCACGACCUCGACACGAUCCAGGGUCCCUUCACCUACGAAGCCCUACCACCCGACCAGAUCAAAUUCGCGCCCCUCAACCAGACGAAGGAGAUGACCGCCACCCAGAUGAUGGACUUUUACGCCAAAGACAAACACCUCUCCCGCUACCUCCCCAUCAUCCGCGACAGCCCCGUCUACCCCAUCAUCUACGACUCCAACCGCACGGUCCUCAGCAUGCCACCGAUCAUCAAUAGCAACCACAGCAAAAUCACCCUCGCCACCCGCAACGUCCUCAUCGACAUCACCGCCACCGACAAAACGAAACUCGAGCUCGUCAACCACAUCCUCGUCGCCAUGUUCAGCCAAUACUGCGCCGACCCCUUCACCGUCGAGCCCGUCAACAUCAUCUCCCCCCACAACCACGAAUCCCGACAAACGCCCGACUUGACGCCCCGCCACGCCCAAGCAAGCGCCAGCUACAUCAACUCCAUCUGCGGCCUCACCUCCUCGCGCGAAGCCCUCUGCACCUCGCUAAAACGCAUGUGCUACACCGCCGUCCCCUCCCCCCACGACCCGGACGCCCUCGACGUCAGCAUCCCCAUCACCCGCGCCGACGUCCUGCACCAGGCCGACAUCAUGGAAGACGCGGCCGUCGCCUACGGCUUCAACAGCUUACCUCGAAAAUUCCCCCGCGGCUCCUCCUUCACCGCCGCCGCCCUCCCCAUCAACAAACUCGCCGACAUCAUCCGCCUCGAGUCCUUCGGCGCGGGGUGGGUGGAAGUGAUGCCGCUGAUCCUCUGCUCGCACGACGAGAACUACGCCUGGCUCAACCACCCCUCCGACCAAGGCGCCUGCGUGCGCCUGCAGAACCCCAAGACGGCGGAAUACCAAAUCGUCCGGACCUCGCUCAUCCCGGGCCUGCUCAAGACCGUGCGCGAGAACAAAGGCCACGCGGUGCCGUUGAAGAUCUUCGAGGUCAGCGAUGUGGUGUACAAGGAUGCGCGGGCGAGGCCGGAGCGCAAGGCGCGCAACGAGCGGCAUUUCGGCGCGUGUUGGUAUGGGAAGACGAGUGGGUUUGAGCAGGUGCAUGGCUUGCUGGAUCGGGCCAUGUUGAUGCUGAAGAGUGCGUUGGUGACGCGGGAGCAGGGGUUGGCGCGGGAGGGGGGCGUGCAGGGGUAUUGGAUUGAGGAGGUUGACGAUCCGACCUACCUCCCCGGCCGCGCCGCAGCAAUCUAUUUACGCGUGGCGGACCAAACGCACCGCAUCGGCACGUUCGGAAAUCUGCAUCCGAGCGUGCUGAAGCACUUUGAGUUGCCGUUUCCGGCGAGUGUGUUGGAGUUGAACGUCGAGGUCUUCUUAUGAUGAUGCUGCUGCUGAUGAUCAUGGGGAAUAAAACAUGACAUGAGUUUCAACUCGGCAGCGAAACGUUCGAAUGAACUUCGGGAAAGGAUCGGAGGCACAACCAGCUGGUGGUCAGUUGGACUCCGGAGUAUCGCAUAUAUACAUACAUACAGUACUGUGUAUCCUGCCACGUGCGUAUGCCGCCGGGAACUCUCCCAUCGCCACUUGUCGAAAUGGCCCGGGCCAGCAUAGUCUACAGUACAGUUUCAAAUCAUCCCCCCUCGUCCAAGAGUUACGCAUCUCUCAACGCACGUCGUAAUCAUACAGCCUCUGAUACCCGCUUGCUUGCUUGCUCGGCAACACAACUGCGGCAGAAAUACGUUUUCUCUCUCAGUUGCCCACGAUCGCGCCGUGCCUUUCCUCGGAACGUAUUUUCACCGUCCGAACGCCGGCGCAAGACCCAUUCC